AACAGGAAUUCGAUUAAAUGAGUCGCAAUUAAACUACACCCCCUUCUUUAAACUCAUUUUAGGAGUAAUUGAUAUCUUCUCCAAAGUGAACUACUGGAAUAUUACCUGUUUCAACAAAUGAUAUACAAGUUGUGGGAACUAAAGAGACUCAAAGUACAUACAGUACCCAGCAACACAAACUACCAAUUCAGCAACAGGUGAAUGGGCACCAACCCCUCCCCCCCAGACAUCAGCGUCAGCUAGAGCAGAGGAAGAGGCAUUAAGGAGAAUAGGGGGGUCAUUUACUGUAGAAAUGGAGCAAGGACCAUGUACAGUAGAGAGAUGGAUGAAAUGGGAGUAGACAUGAGUGUGAGAGGUCUAGAUAAACUAGUUGGGUAGGUAUUUAUAUAUAAGAGGAAGAGGUGUAUUGACAGACACAGUUCACAUACUCAUAUCAGCUGAGACCCAUUCGCUUAUAGACAGAGAGAGACAGAGAGGGAUGGAGUGUGGAGAGAGUAUCCUGUGUGGGUCUGGGGAGCUGGAUCUGGACCCUGAUAUUGUGAGUGAAGAGGCCGGGAAACUGUACUCAGAACUACAGACAGUGAUAGAGACCCAUGGCGUAGGGGUUGUGGAGUCCCUGGUGCCCAUUCUUGUAUGGGUCCUGGAGGGCCUGGCCAGCUGCAGAGCCCAGCUCAGAGAGAGGGAGGAGGAGGCCGAGAGAGAGAAAGGAGAGCGAGAUGAGCUGUUGGAGAGAUACCAGAGUGAGAAACUACUGAGGAGAGAGAGCCAGGAGCGGUAUCUGGAAUUGGAUGACCAAAUUGAGCAGGAGCGGAGGACGAUGAGGGGAAGAGAGAAGGAGAGAGAGAGGAGGGAAAAAGAACUGGAGAAAAAGGCCAGAGAGCAGGCUGACCAAUUGGUGGCCUUGGAGGAGCAGAGGGCUGGACUGGGCAGAGAGUUGAACACACUGAAGCACACUCACAACAAGUUGGUGGUCAGUUAUAAGGAUCUGCUGGAGAGGAAAAGGGAUAUAGAGGGAUCUCCACUAAGUAACCAUGUGCGCUCCAAGAAUUCACAAUCUACCCAGGGCCAGUCAGAAUCCUGUGUUAGCGGGCAGGAGCUAACUGAUCAAAGGCCAGAAACACCUCCUGAUUCUGUCCUGUUGGAAGAACCGGUAAUCAAGGACGAUAGGGUGAUUGACAUUGUCGUAAUGCCAGACAGAGAUGCGUCCUUCAUCAAUGACAUCAUAAGCUCCACCCCUGAGCUGGUGAAGUUUCAUGGCCUUAUGAAGGCCAGCACCCCGGUCCGAGCAGAUGCCAAAGAGACAAUUGGAGACGAGACCAAGACCAGCAUGGAGGAAGAAAUUAAGAAAGAGGAAGGAGGAGCGAAGCAGGAGAAGGAAGAAGAGGAGGAGGAAGAUAUGCAUAGUCUGGAAUGGGAGCUGAGGAACACAGAGUCUGUGUUCUCAGAGCUGUCAGAGCUGAGUCAGGAAUACAUAGAGAGUGUGGACCAGGGGGCCAGUGUCAGAGGCAGCACCGACCAGUUUGAGGAGAUUCUUUCUCAGUAUGAGGAACUGAAACACACCCAUGAGUUAGUGAACGCGGCCCGGAAAGCACUGAUCUCUCGUGUGGAGGAGCUGACCAAUGAGAGGUCAGCUCUUAAAGUGGAGGUGACUUCCUGCCAGGAGACUGUCACCCGAUUGGAGGGAAGGAUGAAGGAAAUGGAGGAGGAAACCAAGAGACUUCGGAAAGAACUGGAAUCAAAUAAAUCAGAUGAUUCCUCCCUGACCAUAUCGCUGCGUCGGUUCUCUCGUUCGGAGAUGUCCCGUGUUGUCAUGGAGAAGAACCAGUAUAAGGAGCGUUUGUUUGAGCUGCAGGAGGCUGUGAGACGCAGUCAGGCCAUUCGGGCCACCCAAGAAGAGAGGAUCACAGAGAGAGAGAGGACUAGUGUGUGGAGAAGAUUCAACCGUUUGUUUGGCCUGAACAAGAACCCCUUGGUUCCGUCCGCUGCUCUAGCGCUGACCCUGCCGACGUCCCCGUCCCUCACUCACUCACCAAUGGGGUCUCCACGGCAACUGGCUGUCAGUACAACUCAGACAGAUGGUGCCUCCCCUGCUGCAGCCCUGUCUCCGCGGGUCAGGAGGAGGGAGCUGUACAGAGAAAUCCGCUCUCAUGUCUGGGGAACCCUGGGAAAACGCCAGGUUCAUGGCUGGAGCAUGCCGCUGUCACACACACAGGAUUCCUCCGAUCCGACCCCUGAGCCCAAAGAUGUGCCUGUCCUAGUGCAGCUCAGACUGCUGGACCAGAGAGAUUCUACAGCCAAGCUAAACUGUGCUGUUGCUGUCACACCUGAGAUCUCAGGCGAGACAACGUGUGCAGUGUGGGUGGUCUCUGGUCCCGCCUCCAGUAGUGAUGUCACAGUGAUCAACCCUGCACGGUCCAAUACAGUGCUGGAUCAGUUCAGCCUCCCGCCCACCUCGCCCGCUCUAUGCAUCUGUGCUGUGCCCCCUACUGGUGAGACCUCAGGAACUGUGUGGAUUGGAACUCAGGAAGGAAGUGUGUUGGUCCACUCCGCGUCCACAGCCAGGAGGCGCUGUCUGCAGUCUAUCUCUCUGUCUGAGGGUGUGCACUCUCUCACGUAUUCACUUGGUCAAGUCAUUGCUGGAUUAGCCAAUGGGACGCUUGCAUUCUUCUCGCACAACCCAGGUGGAUGGGAUCUCCAAUCACAUGAGGUUUUGCCUCUGGGAUCGUCUCCACUGCAGCCCAUUCGCUGUUGCCUAGCAAAGGGGGCGGGCUUAUGGGUAGGAUACUGGAAUCGGGUUCAUGUGGUCGAUGUCGAGAAUAGAAAAGUGGAGCAAACUUUAACCGUCUCGGAGCGCAGUGAGCAGCAGGUGCGUUUCCUGUGUGCGGCAGGAAGUGGUGUGUGGACGUCCUGCCGGCUCGACCCUACACUCAGGCUUUUUGAUUGGUCCACUGGCCGGCCCCUGCAGGAUGUGGAUCUGACCCCUCUGGUCACCAAAACACUGGGCCCUGCCUUCUUGUCUCUCUCUCCGCUGCAGAUCUCGUCCCUCAUCGUCAUCUCUGGCCGGCUGUGGGUGGGAACAGGAAGUGGCGCCAUCUUCUCCAUCCCUGUGUCUCUCAGUUCAGAGUCUGCCUCUAUACCAUACUGCUCUUUGGCGGCAGCACAACUGUGUUACCAUGGACACCGCCAGGCUGUCAAGUUCAUCAUUGCUGCACCUGGCUGUGUGACCAGCUCCUCUACAAUAGGAGGCGGUGCUGUGACUCUAGUCUCUACCUCUCAGCUCAUCCUCAGUGGAGGAGAGGGCUACAUUAACUUCCGCAUCGGUGAUGACGCGAAUGACGGCGCGCCCGAAGCUGCCCCGCUGCGAUCAGACCGCAGUCACAUGAUCAUCUGGCAGAGCCCCACCCCCUCCCUGCCCAGCUCCGCCCUUUGACCACACCCACAUCCAGUCUAGAAUGAGACAAGGAAGGAUUAGACAGAGAUGUCAUACAAGAGACCAGGAAGUACAAAUGGGAGCCAUGUUUUAAUGGGCUUCAUUCACUAGGAGUUCCAUUUGGAUUUUUGUUCUAGAAUCUUGGGAUUAAAUUAAGACAUCACAGCUUAAUCCUUCUUGUCUCACUCUGUUAUUCAGUUGCUACCCUCAUCCCCUUGACUAAACCUUUCACCUGGUUAACCCAGUCUCCUCUAUGUGUGCCUUAAUAUGAUUUGACAAUCGUUGCUGUGAGAUUGGUCAUUGUACAAUGUUUUGUGUUUUUUGUGAAACAUGUUUCCUCAUUAUGGUAAUCAUAUAUGGGCGGCAGGUAGCCUAGCGGUUAAGAUCGUUGGGCCAGUAACACAAAGAUUGCUGGUUCGAAAACCCGAGCCGACUAGGUCAAAAAUCGGUCUGUGCACGCACAUGAGCAAGGCACUUAACCCUAAUUGCUCCUGUAAAUCGCUCUGGAUAAGAGCGUCUGCUAAAUGACUCAAAUGUAAAUAUCAUCAUCACUGUAGCAAAGUAUUUUACAGUAAGAGUCUCUGACUUUUGGUUGGUCAGUUAAGAAUGGUUUGGGUUUGUUUUUACCACAAAACAUGCACACUCAGAUUCAUAUCAUCAUUCCAUGACGUUGGAUCAAACUUGUUUACAUUGAUACUGAGAUGUAGUGUUGAAGCUGCUGGGUUCCUAAUAACUAUUGUUGCAUAAGACCUGGCCUUCAGUUCCCAUUGCAUGCUUGGUAAAUCUGCACUUUAUUAUCAUCUCUCUCUGUGUGUGUGUGUGUGUGUGUGUCAAAUCUUUUGAAAUUAUUGGCUAAUCGUCUUAAAGAUUCUAGGGAAAAAAAUGCUAGUAUUUCUCCCAGAGAAAUUAUCUUAUGUCUGCUCGUCAUGACUUUGUGAAACACAUAUGAUUUGUUAAUUUUUUUUGUUUUAAGUUUUCAUUUGCAGAGCGAUAAGGGAGUGGAAGUCUCAAAAGAUACUUAAAGUAUUUUAUGCAGUAUUUGAAAGUGUGUUUGUGUGUGUGAAUCAUGUCUGAAAAAUGUUAAUCAUAACUGGACUCUAUGCAAGAUAAUCUAUGUAUCUACUUAAAUCUAUGAAAAAUAAACUUUUGUAAAUACUUUCAUAAAAUAUCUGUUUUCAAGUCAAUAUAAUGUAAUACUUUACACCCCAAAUCUUCACAAAUGCCCUGUGGUAGGAUAUUUUAUAGUUUUAAUACAAUUGUAUCAUGUAAUACAAAAACCCUAUUACGAUUCAAAGAAAACCAUAACACAUGGAUUAUUAUGAAUAUAAAGACCAAUUCUGUACAGAUUCAAGCCUAAACAAACCAACCAAGUGAACUAUGAAUGGCCUCCAUGCUUGAUCGUUUAAAAUCCAGACAGUCUGUACAAUUUUGUUAUCUACCUGAGGUGUUUUAGCAAAGGU